UACUAAUUUACUAUAUUAUAUUAUUUAGUACUUAGUAUUUACACAGUAUAAUAUUGCGUAGUAUCAAUUCAUUCUCUGUUACUUAUAAUCUAUAUACUAGUUUUAAAUUGUAGUAUACUUGUCUAUGAAUAAUAUCUAUAUACCUAAUAUGAUUAACAAUACUGUCAAUAGUGUCAAUACUGAUGCAGUUUUGCGUGAGCAUAAUACAUAUUAUUGUAAAUUGUAAAAUUCAAAUUAUUAUCUAUAGUUUUAAUUCUAUUAGUAACAUUAUGUAGACUCUGAGGAAUAUUAGACAUUUAGAACAGAAUUACCUUUUUUUAGUAGAAAUGUUAAUUUUGUUGUGGUUAUCUAAUUUCACUGAAGAACUGAACGGUAAUCGCACUGCAUAAAAUGCACUUGUCGACAAUAUAUUUGCAACGAAUAUUGUCCUUGGACACGGAAAGGCAAGGACAGGCAUUUUUGUAAGCCAACAACUACGUAAUACAAAUUAUUGGAAACUAAUAAUGUACUUUUCAUUGAAAGUAAAGUGAUAAUAGGAACAAUGUUAAUGCAAGUAUUAGUGGUAGGCUAUUCCUAGAAACAACUACACAUUUGAAUAAACUGUCAUGGCUAAUGUCCAAGUAGUGACCGUCAGAAAUAUUGCCCGCCACCGAUAUUUAGUCUAUUUGAUCAUAUGGCUAUGCAUUCUUUUUCCAGUGUUAUAUUUCAAGAUUUCUGAUCGACCUGUACCUGAUAAUAAGACUGUAAACAUAUCUGAAAACUUUGCACUCAAGUAUAAAAGAACGGUGUCCAGAAUCGAUUAUAAUGAACUCACUAGAGUGUGCAAUCCUCCCCACAUGAUCAAACGUGGCGGUGAAGGAGAUAUUGGAUUGCUAAAUAAUAGUAUUACACUUCAAGGAGUAAUAAUACUGACUAGACAUGGAGAUCGCGGGCCAAUGAACCAUGUUCGGAACAUGGCUGAUAUAGACUGCAGUAUGGAACCUGAUCAGGAAUACAAUGGUUAUACAAAAUUCUUACAAAACAUAUUCUUCAACAUGUCAUUACAGUUUUUAGGUCCUUUUCAUGGAUACCCAUUAUAUCCACCACAGAACAAUUGUUCAAUAAGUCAACUCACCCCGAUUGGUGUGUCUCAAAUGCUUAAGCUUGGACGAACCUUACGUUCUGUGUACCACCCUUUGCUUAGUGUUUCUAAUUCUGAUGAUAUAAUAAUAUAUAGCACAAAGUAUAGACGUACAUUCCAAAGUGCACUGGCCUUUAUGUAUGCAAUUUUGUCACCAGAUGUAUUAUCCAAAGUCACAUUCAAGGAAAGUGAUAGUUACAGUUAUUGUUUUGAUCAUUGUGCCUGUUUUAAUGUUAAUAAUUUGCAAAUGAAAAUAAAACAGUCAUCUGCAAAACGGUUAAAGAGCCGUAGAGUAGUAGAAAAAAUGCUCAAACGUAUACAUAAUAUAGUACAUCUGAUGUCCAGUAGUGUACGGGUAGACCCUUACUUACUUAGAGAUUCUAUUAUGACAUAUGUAUGCCAUGGAGCACCAUUGCCUUGCUAUCAGGAUGAUUGUAUAACACAUGAAAAUGUAAAGCAGCUUUUUAACUACAUAGACUGGGACUUGGAACGUUAUGCUAAACAUGGACUGUUGCGAAAAUUUGGACUUCUAAAGUCAUAUGGUUUUGCACUGAAUAUUGCCAUGAACUUGUUGAAAAUGGUAUCUGAAAGUAAACCUCGUCUAGUCCUAUACUCGGGUCAUGACUUGACCGCUCAGUACCUAUUAGCUGCCUUUGGAGUUCUCAAUGCUCAAACCAUGUCGCCACAUUAUGCUUCCCGCCUUGUGUUUGAGGUGUAUCGAAACAAUACGUUUGACACCACUUAUCCCGGCAGAGACUUUUACUUUAGAGUAAUUUUCAAUGGCAAAGAUGUAACUCAAUCGGUGGCUUUUUGUAAAAACCGUGCAGGUAGCUGGACAGACUCGUCAAUUUAUCUAUGUCCAAUAGAGUAUGCUAUUAGGUUCAUACAUGACGAUUAUUUUACCACUUUCAAUGCUUCCAACUAUAAAGAAGCAUGUGGUACUCGUUCUUGAUUUGUAAAUCACAUUAUAUUAUUAUACCCUUCUUUUGUUAAAAAAGCGCUUAACUGAAUUCACAAAAAAUAUUGUUUUAUAUGUAUUUUUAUUGCUGAAAAGAAACAAUAAAUAUUGUUUUCUGUUGCCUACCGUUAUACUAUGAUCUUUGAUCAAUUCACUAAAUCUGCUUUUACAUACACUACCGCUACUUACUUAAAAAUAAUGUUAAAUUGUAAAUUAAAUUAUCAGAGCAUUAUUAUAUGUGAUAAUUGUUUAGUGUACCUAUUAGUGUAAUUAUUAUAGCUACAAAAAUUACUAUAAUUAUUAAUUAUAAUGUAAUGUAAUCUAGCUGCAUUACAAUAUUACUUAAUAAUAUAAUAUACAUAUGUUAAUAUUGUUAAUUCUAGUCACACAUGGUCUUUCUAUUAAUUGUUUUACUUUAUCUAUUUUAUUAUGUAUAUUAUUUUAAGUAUUAAUGUUAUAUACAAUUAUUAUAUUAUUAUUAAUUAUAUUGUUUAUUUAAACUUUUUAUUUAUUAAGAUGUUUAUCAAAAAAAACAUUUGUUUUUUUUUAGCCAUGUAACAUAAAUGUGAGAAAUGUUGAGUACCUAUUACUGGUAAAUAUAUAUAUUAUUUAAAUUUA